AUGGAUCACUCAUUCAGCGGGGCACCCCGAUUUCUGACCCGACCCAAGGCCUUCGUGGUGUCGGUGGGCAAGGACGCCACGCUGAGCUGCCAGAUCGUGGGCAACCCUACGCCGCACGUGAGCUGGGAGAAGGACCAGCAGCCCGUAGAGGCGGGCGCUCGCUUCCGCCUGGCCCAGGACGGCGACCUGUACCGUCUCACCAUCCUGGACCUGGCACUGGGCGACAGCGGGCAGUAUGUGUGCCGCGCGCGCAACGCCAUCGGUGAGGCCUUCGCGGCUGUCGGCCUGCAGGUGGACGCGGAGGCCGCUUGCGCCGAGCAGGCACCCCAUUUCCUUCUGCGGCCCACGUCCAUCCGCGUGCGCGAGGGCGCGGAGGCCACCUUCCGCUGCCGCGUGCGCGGCUCGCCGCCUAUGGCCGUGAGCUGGGCCAAGGACGGGCGGCGCUUAGGCGCGCCCGACGGCCCCCGAGUGCGCGUGGAGGCCAGCGGCGAGGCGAGCGCGCUGCGCAUCCAGGCCGCGCGGCCCCGCGACGGCGGCACCUACACGGUGCGCGCCGAGAACCCGCUGGGCGCCGCCAGCGCCGACGCCGCGCUCACCGUGGACGCGGAGGCAGACGCUGCGGGCCCUCCCGGGGCCUCCACAGCCGCGCUUCUGGCGCACCUGCAGCGGCGGCGCGAGGCGAUGCGCGCCGAGGGCGCCCCGGCCUCGCCACCCGGUUCCGGCACGCGCACCUGCACCGUGACUGAAGGCAAGCACGCGCGCCUCAGCUGCUACGUGACGGGUGAGCCUAAGCCCGAGACGGUAUGGAAGAAGGAUGGGCAGCUGGUGGUCGAGGGCCGGCGACACAUGGUGUACGAGGACGCUCAGGAGAACUUCGUGCUCAAGAUCCUCUUCUGCAAGCAGUCAGACCGGGGCCUCUACACCUGCACGGCAUCCAACCUGGUGGGCCAAACCUACAGCUCCGUGCUGGUCGUCGUGCGAGAGCCCGCGGUGCCCUUCAGGAAGCGGCUCCACGACCUGGAGGUGCCGGAGAAGGAGUCGGCCACGUUCCAGUGCGAGGUGGAGCUGCCGACCACCGAGGCCGCGUGGUACAAGGAGGAGACGCGGCUGUGGGCCAGCGCCAAGUACGGCAUCGAGGAGGCGGGCACCGAGCGCCGGCUGACCGUGCGCAACGUCUCGGCCGACGACGACGCUGUCUACAUCUGCGAGACUGCGGAGGGCAGCCGCACGGUGGCGGAGCUCGCGGUGCAAGGAAACCUCAUCCGGAGGCUCCCAAGGAAGACCGCGGUGCGAGUGGGGGACACGGCCAUGUUCUGUGUGGAGCUGGCCAGGCCGGAGGACUCCGUCCACUGGCUGAGGAACCAGGAGGAGGUGGUGGCUGGGGGCCGCGUGGCCAUCACCACAGAAGGCACGUGCCACACGCUGACCAUCUCCAAGUGCAGCCUGGAGGACAUGGGCGAGGUGACCUUCAUGGCUGGGGACUGCCGGACAUCCACGCAGUUCUUUGUGUCUGCCCCUAGGAAGCCGCCCCUGCAUGCCCCUGAGGCCCCUGAGGUAAAGGCCAGGACAGAGUGCUCCGUGACCCUCGGCUGGUCCCCACCACCCCACGGGGACCGCCCUGUCGCCGUUGAUGGUUAUCUGGUGGAAAAGAAGCGGCUUGGCGCCUACACCUGGAGCCGGUGCCAUGAGGCCAAGUGGGUGGAUGUGCAUGAGCUGACCGUGGCUGGCGUAUCCGAGGAGGGGGAUUUCCAGUUCCGGGUGUCAGCUGUGAACAGCUUUGGCCACAGUCCCUACCUUGAGUUCCCAGGGACUGUCCACCUGGCCCCCCAGCUGGCUGUGAGGAUGCCUUUGAAGGCAGUGGAGGCCGUGGAGGGUGGCGAGGUGACCUUCUCCGUGGACCUCACUUUGGCCUCGGUGGGCGAGUGGUUCCUGGACGGGCGGGCCCUGAAGGCCAGCAGCGUGUACGAGAUCCGUCACGAGGGCACACGGCAUGCCCUCACCAUCCGCUCCGUGUCCACCAGCCUGCAUGGCGCAGAGCUCAAGUUUGUGGCCAACGGCAUCGAGAGCAGCACCCGCAUGGAGGUCCGAGCGGCCCCAGGACUGACCACCAAGCGUCCAGUGGCAGCUGUGAGAGAAGUGCUGGCCUGGCUGCAUGAGGAGGCGCAGCUCCUGGCCGAGCUGUCGGACCAGGCUGCAGCAGUGACGUGGCUGAAGGAUGGCCACGCGCUGCCACCAGGCCCCAAGUACGAGGUGCAGGCGAUGGCCGGGCAGUGGGCCCUGCUGGUGCGGGAUGUGGUGCGAGACGAUGCUGGCCUCUACGAGUGUGUCAGCCAUGGGGGCCGCGUCGCCUACCAGCUCCUGGUGCAAGGGCUCACUGCCUUUCUGCACAAGGACACAGCUGGUGGCUGUGUGGAUGCCGUGGCUGGAGGCCCAGCCCACUUUGAAUGUGAGACCUCUGAGGCCCACGUGCGCGUGCGCUGGUACAAGGAUGGCACGGAGCUCAGUCGCUCCAGCCAGCGCUUCUUGCAGGAGGACGUGGGCACGCGGCACCGGCUGGUGGCAGCCUCGGUCAGCAGGCAGGAUGAGGGUACCUACUCAUGCCGCGUGGGUGAGGACUCCGUGGACUUCCAGCUGCGUGUCUCUGAGCCCUCUGUGGUGUUUGCCAAGGAGCAGCCAGCACGCAGUGAGGUGCAGGCCAUGGCGGGGGCCAGCACCACCCUGAGCUGUGAGGUGGCCCAGGCCCAGACAGAGGUGACGUGGUACAAGGAGGGGAAGAAGCUGAGUGCGAGCUCCAAAGUGCACGUGGAGGCCAAGGGCUGCAGCAGGUGGCUGGUGCUGCCGCAGGUGGGCAAGGCGGACGCUGGCGAGUACCGCUGUGAGGCCGGGGGCCAGAAGGUGUCCUUCCGCCUGGACGUGGCAGAGCCCUCUGUGGUGUUUGCCAAGGAGCAGCCAGCACGCAGUGAGGUGCAGGCCACGGCGGGGGCCAGCGCCAGCCUGAGCUGUGAGGUGGCCCAGGCCCAGACAGAGGUGACGUGGUACAAGGAUGGGAAGAAGCUGAGUGCGAGCUCCAAAGUGCACAUGGAGGCCAAGGGCUGCAGCAGGCGGCUGGUGCUGCCGCAGGUGGGCAAGGCGGACGCUGGCGAGUACCGCUGUGAGGCCGGGGGCCAGAAGGUGUCCUUCCGCCUGGACGUCGCAGAGCCCUCUGUGGUGUUUGCCAAGGAGCAGCCAGCACGCAGUGAGGUGCAGGCCACGGCGGGGGCCAGCGCCAGCCUGAGCUGUGAGGUGGCCCAGGCCCAGACAGAGGUGACGUGGUACAAGGAUGGGAAGAAGCUGAGUGCGAGCUCCAAAGUGCACGUGGAGGCCAAGGGCUGCAGCAGGCGGCUGGUGGUGCCGCAGGUGGUUAAGGCGGACGCGGGCGAGUACCGCUGUGAGGCCGGGGGCCGGAAGGUGUCCUUCCGCCUGGAUGUGGCAGAGCCGGAGCCUGAACCCCCCACCCUGGAGAGACCUGGCCGCAGGGAGCCUCUGGUGGUCAGGGAGCAUGAGGACAUUGUCCUGACUGCCACGCGGGCUACACCCUCUGUGGCCGCGGUGACGUGGCUCAAGGAUGGUGUUGAGAUUCGCCGAAGCAAGCGACACGAAACGUCCAGUCUAGGGGACACCCACACCCUGACCAUCCACAGCGCGCAAACCCUGGACAGCGCGGUCUACAGCUGCCGUGUGGGCGCAGAGGUGCAGGAUUUCCCCGUGCAGGUGGAAGAGGUGGCCGCCAAGUUCUGCCGGCCCCUGGAGCCCGUGAGCGGGGAGCUGGGCAGUGCAGUGACGCUGGUUUGCGAGCUGAGCCCGCCCCAGGCCGAGGUCGUGUGGCGCUGCGGGAGCACGCAGCUCCGGGCUGGCAAACGCUUCCAGAUUGAAGCCGCGGGGCCCCGGCGCUCGCUCACUGUGUCAGGCCUGCGGCUGGAGGAUGCAGGGGAGUAUGCGUGUGAGACACGUGACGACCGCACCAGCGCGCAGCUGACCGUCAGCAUCCCCCGCACGGUCAAGUUCACAGCUGCGUUGAGCGCCGUCGUGGCGGAGGAAGGACACGAGGCCACCUUCCAGUGCGUGGUGUCCCCCGGUGAUGCGGCAGUCACAUGGUUCCGGGAUGGUGCCUUGCUGCAGCCCAGCGAGAAGUUUCUCAUAGCGCAGAGUGGCGCCGGCCACAGCCUGACUAUCUCCGGCCUGACCCUGGAGGAUGCUGGCGAGAUCACUGCAGAGGCUGAGGGUGUCAAAUCCUCGGCUGUUCUUCGGGUGCGAGAGGCUCCGGUGCUGUUCAGAAAGAAGCUGGAACCCCAGACGGUGGAAGAGCGGAGCUCAGUGACCAUGGAAGUGGAGCUGACACGGCCGUGGCCUGAGGUCAAGUGGACACGGAAUGCAGUAGUCCUGGUGCCAGGCAAGAACGUGGAGAUUCACGCGGAGAGCACCAGUCACCGCUUGGUUCUGCGCUGCGUGGGUUUCUCGGACCGUGGCUUCUACGGGUGUGAGACUCCGGACGACAAGACACAGGCCAAGCUCACCGUGGAAAUGCGCCAGGUCCAGCUGGUGCGGGGCCUGCAGGCCAUGGAGGCUUGGGAGCAGGGUGCCGUCAGCAUGGAGGUGAAGCUGUCACAUGACCACGUGGAGGGCAGCUGGACGCGUGAUGGCCUGCGGCUGCAGCCAGGGCCCACCUGCCAGCUAGCUGUGCAUGGCCCCAUUCACACCCUCACACUGUUGGAGCUGCGGCCGCAGGACGGCGGCCUCAUCGCCUUCAAAGCCGAGGGGGUGCACACGUCUGCGCGGCUCAUGGUCACCGAACUGCCUGUGAGGUUCAGCCGCCCCCUGCAGGACAUGGUGGCCACAGAGAAGGACAAGGUGACCCUGGAAUGUGAGCUGUCGCGCCCCAACGUGGAUGUGCGCUGGCUGAAGGAUGGUGUGGAGCUGCGGGUGGGCAAGACAGUGGGCAUGGUGGCCCAGGGUGCGUGUCGGAGUCUCAUCAUUUACCGGUGUGAGCUCGGGGACCAGGGCGUGUACGUGUGUGAUGCCCACGACGCUCAGAGCUCAGCCUCCCUGAAGGUGCAAGGAAGGAAAUACACUCUCCUCUACCGGAGGGUCCUGGCAGAAGAUGCAGGGGAGAUCAGAUUUGUUGCCGAAAGCGCAGAAUCGCGAGCGGAGCUCCGAGUGAAAGAGCUGCCGGUGGCCAUCCUGCGCCCGCUGCGGGACAAGAUAGCCAUGGAGAAGCACCGCAGUGUGCUGGAGUGCCAGAUGUCUCGCGCCAGCGCGCAGGUGCAGUGGUUCAAGGGCAGCGUGGAACUACAGCCCGGGCCCAAGUAUGAGAUGGUCAGUGACGGCCUCUACCGGAAGCUCAUCAUCAAGGAUGUGCAGCCCGAGGACGAGGACACCUACACCUGCGAUGCCGGGGACGUGAAGACCAGCGCCCAGUUCUUCGUGGAAGAGCAAUCCAUCAACAUCGUGCGCGGCCUGCAGGACGUCACGGUGAUGGAGCCCGCCCCCGCCUGGUUCGAGUGUGAGACCUCCAUUCCGUCGGUGCGGCCGCCCAAGUGGCUCCUGGGAAAGACGGUGCUGCAGGCCGGGGCCGACGUGGGCAUGGAGCAGGAAGGCACGGUGCACCGCCUGACGCUGCGCCGCACCUGCUCCACCAUGACGGCGCCCGUGCACUUCACCAUCGGCAAGUCGCGCUCCACCGCGCGCCUGGUGGUUUCAGACAUCCCCAUGGUGCUCACGCGGCCGCUGGAGCCCAAGGCGGGGCGCGAGCAGCAGUCGGUGGUCCUGUCCUGCGACUUCAGGCCAUCCCCCAAGGCCGUGCAGUGGUACAAGGAGGACACGCCGCUGGCGCCCUCUGAGAAGUUCAAGAUGAGGCUGGAGGGUCACAUGGCGGAGCUGCGCAUCCUCCGCCUCACGCCCGCCGAUGCGGGCGUCUACCGGUGCCAGGCCGGCAGCGCCCACAGCAGCGCGGCGGUCACCGUGGAAGCGCGCGAGGUCACAGUGACGCAGCCGAUGCAGGACGCAGAAGUGACGGAGGAGGGCCGGGCCUGUUUCUCGUGCGAGCUGUCCCAUGAGGACGAGGAGGUGGAGUGGUCGCUCAACGGCACGCCUCUGUACAACGACAGCUUCCAUGAGAUCGCCCACGAGGGCCGGCGCCACACGCUGGUGCUGAAGCGGGUUCGGAGGGCGGACGCGGGCACCGUGCACGCCCGCUCCCCCAAGGUGUCGGCCACUGCCCGCCUGGAGGUCAAAGCCAAGCCGGUGGUGUUCCUGAAGGCUCUGGAUGAUGUGUCCGCGGAGGAGCGGGGCACGCUGGCCCUGCAGUGCGAGGUGUCGGACCCCCAGGCCCGCGUGGUGUGGCGAAAGGAUGGCGUGGAGCUGGGCCCCAGCGACAAGUUCGACUUCCUGCACACGGCGGGCACGCGCGGGCUCGUGGUGCAUGACCUGAGUCGGGACGACACCGGCCUCUAUACUUGCAGCGUGGGCUCCGAGGAGACCCGCGCCAGAGUCAGCGUGCACGACCUGCACGUGGGCAUCACCAAGAGGCUGAAGACGGUGGAGGUACUGGAGGGCCAGAGCUGCAGCUUUGAGUGUGUCCUGUCCCACGAGAGCACCGGCGACGUGGCCACAUGGACAGUGGGUGGGAAGACAGCGGGUGGCUCAGGCCGCUUCCGGGCCACGCGCCAGGGCCGCAAGUACACCCUGGCUGUCCAGGAUGCUGCUCCUACCGACGCCGGGGAGGUGGUGUUCUCCGUGCGGGACCUCACCUCCAAGGCCUUCCUCGUUGUCCGAGAGAGGCCAGCGCAUAUCACGAAGCCUCUGGAAGGCCAGCAGGCCGCUGCGGGCGAGGAUGUGGUGCUGAGCUGCGAGCUGUCUCGGGCCGGCGCCCCGGUGCGCUGGCUGAGGGCUGGGAAAGCCAUUCACGAGAGUCAGAAGUAUGACCUGGUCACAGAGGGCACUCGGGCCAUGCUGGUGGUCCGUGCGGUCUCACCCAAGGACUCAGGCGAAUACACGUGUGAGACAGAGGCUUCCAAGAGCACAGCAAGCCUCCUUGUGGAAGAAAAGGCAAACCGGUUCACAGAGGAGCUGGCCGACCUGCAGGCGGAGGAGAAGGGCACGGCCGUGUUCGUGUGCAAGACAGAGCGUCCUGCAGCCACGGUGACCUGGCGUAAGGGCCUCACGGAGCUGCAUGCCUCAGGGAAGUACACACCCAGCCAGGAGGGCCUGACCUUGAAGCUCACCAUCCGUGCCCUGGACAAGGCAGACACUGACACGUACACCUGUGACAUUGGCCAGGCCCGUUCGCAGGCCCGGCUCCUGGUGCAAGGCCAGAGAGUGCUCAUCACGGAGGGUCUGGAGGACGUGGAGGUGCGCGAGGGCUGCUCAGCCACCUUCUCCUGCCGCAUCUGCCCUGCUGACUACGGGCCGGUGCACUGGUUCUUGGACAAGACGCCCCUGCACCCCAACGAGCUCAAUGAGAUUGAGGUUCAGCCAGGUGGUUACCACGUGCUCACCCUGCGGCAGCUUGCUCUCAAGGACUCAGGCACCGUCCAUUUCGAGGCAGGGGACCAGCGGGCCUCGGCUACCCUGUGGGUCACAGAAAAGCCAAGCGUCUUCUCCCGCGAGCUCACAGACGCUACCGUCACAGAGGGGGAGGAUCUGACCCUGGUCUGUGAGACCACCGCCCUGGACAGCCCCGUGUGCUGGACCAAGGACGGGAAGGCCCUGUGGCCAUCAGUCCGUUGCCAGCUGAGCCAGGAGGGCCACCGGGCCCAGCUGGUCAUUACCAGCGCCUCCUUGCAGGACGGCGGGCGCUACAGGUGUGAGUCCAGGGGCUCCUGGAGCAGCUCCAUUGUCAGGGUCCACGCACGGCCAGCACGCUUCCAGGAGGGACUGAAGGACCUGGAGGUGCUGGAGGGCGGGGCUGCCACUCUGCGAUGCACGCUGUCCUCUGUGGUCACACCCGUGGAGUGGCGCCGUGGAGAUGAGGUUUUGCGACCCGGAGGCAAAUACAGAUUGUGUCAGGAGGGCACUGUGCUGGAGCUGGUGGUCCGGGACCUGCGGCCCCAGGACAGUGGGCAGUACUCCUGCUGCUUCGGGGACCAGAUGACCUUUGCCACACUCACUGUGAGGGCCCUGCCUGCUGAGUUCAUAGGGAGACUGCGAAGCAAGGAGGCCACAGAAGGGGCCACGGCCACACUACGCUGUGAGCUGAGCAAGGAGGCCCCUGUGGAGUGGAGGAAGGGCUCUGAGACUCUCAGAGCUGGGGACAGAGUCAGCCUGAGGCAGGAUGGGACCGUGUGUCAGCUGGAGAUCCGUGGCCUGGCCGUGGCGGAUGCCGGGGAGUACUGUUGCAUGUGUGGGAAGGAGAGGACGUCGGCCACACUGACCGUCAGGGCCCUGCCUGCCAAGUUCACCAAGGGCCUGAGGAAGGAAGAGGCCACGGAAGGGGCCACGGCCACGCUGCACUGUGAGCUGAGCAAGGAGGCCCCUGUGGAGUGGAAGAAGGGAUCUGAGACCCUCAGAGCUGGGGACAGAGUCAGCCUGAGGCAGGAUGGGACCGUGUGUGAGCUGGAGAUCCAUGGCCUGGGCGUGGCGGAUGCCGGGGAGUAUUCGUGUGUGUGCGGGCAGGAGAGGACGUCGGCCACACUGACCGUCAGGGCCCUUCCUGCCAAGUUCACCGAGGGCCUGAGGAAGGAAGAGGCCACGGAAGGGGCCACGGCCACGCUGCACUGUGAGCUGAGCAAGGCGGCCCCUGUGGAGUGGAAGAAGGGAUCUGAGACCCUCAGAGCUGGGGACAGAGUCAGCCUGAGGCAGGAUGGGACCGUGUGUGAGCUGGAGAUCCGUGGCCUGGCCGUGGCGGAUGCUGGGGAGUAUUCGUGUAUGUGCGGGCAGGAGAGGACAUCGGCCAUGCUGACCGUCAGGGCCCUGCCUGCCAAGUUCACCAAGGGCCUGAGGAAGGAAGAGGCCACGGAAGGGGCCACGGCCACGCUGCACUGUGAGCUGAGCAAGGAGGCCCCUGUGGAGUGGAGGAAGGGAUCUGAGACCCUCAGAGCUGGGGACAGAGUCAGCCUGAGGCAGGAUGGGACCGUGUGUGAGCUGGAGAUCCGUGGCCUGGGCGUGGCGGAUGCCGGGGAGUACUCGUGCAUGUGUGGGAAGGAGAGGACGUCGGCCACACUGACCGUCAGGGCCCUGCCUGCCAAGUUCACCAAGGGCCUGAGGAAGGAAGAGGCCACGGAAGGGGCCACGGCCACGCUGCACUGUGAGCUGAGCAAGGAGGCCCCUGUGGAGUGGAGGAAGGGAUCUGAGACCCUCAGAGCUGGGGACAGAGUCAGCCUGAGGCAGGAUGGGACCGUGUGUGAGCUGGAGAUCCGUGGCCUGGGUUUGUGUCUUCUCUGUGAUGUUCGUGUCCUGUCCAUGUGGUCAGGGACCGUGAUUGUGUCUGUGUCUCUCUGACCCUCCCCAGCCCUGCCCGCCAAGUUCACCGAGGGCCUGAGGAAGGAAGAGGCCACGGAAGGGGCCACGGCCACGCUGCACUGUGAGCUGAGCAAGGAGGCCCCUGUGGAGUGGAGGAAGGGAUCUGAGACCCUCAGAGCUGGGGACAGAGUCAGCCUGAGGCAGGAUGGGACCGUGUGUGAGCUGGAGAUCCGUGGCCUGGCCGUGGCGGAUGCUGGGGAGUAUUCGUGUAUGUGCGGGCAGGAGAGGACAUCGGCCAUGCUGACCGUCAGGGCCCUGCCCGCCAAGUUCACCGAGGGCCUGAGGAAGGAAGAGGCCACGGAAGGGGCCACGGCCACGCUGCACUGUGAGCUGAGCAAGCCGGCCCCUGUGGAGUGGAAGAAGGGGCCUGAGACCCUCAGAGCUGGGGACAGAGUCAGCCUGAGGCAGGAUGGGACCGUGUGUGAGCUGGAGAUCCGUGGCCUGGCCGUGGCAGAUGCUGGGGAGUAUUCGUGUGUGUGCGGGCAGGAGAGGACAUCGGCCACGCUGACCGUCAGGGCCACACAGGUGGUGUUCAGGGAGCCACUGCAGAGCCUGCAGGCUGAGGAGGGUUCCUCAGUGACCCUGCGGUGUGAGCUGUCCCAGCCCGAUGCCACCGUGGUCUGGAGCAAGGGCGGCCUGGUGUUGCAGGCCGAUGGGCGCAGGGAGCCUCGGCAGCGGGGCUCCACGGUGGAGCUUGUCCUGCGGGACCUGUGCCGGGAGGACUCGGGAGAAUACACAUGUGCCUGUGGACCCCGGGCCACCCGCGCCACCCUCACCAUUACAGCUGCACCUGCACGGUUCCUCAGGGAGCUGCAGGCCCAGGAGGUGGACGAGGGUGCCACGGCGCACCUUCAUUGCGAGCUGAGCCGGGAGGGCGCCAGCGUGGAGUGGUACAAGGGCUCCCUGCAGCUCUUCCCUUGUGCCAAGUACCAGAUGGUGCAGGAGGGAAGGACCGCCGAGCUGCUGGUUCGUGACGCACAGCAGGAGGACGCCGGCCGCUACACCUGUGACACGGGCCACACGCAGAGCGCUGCCAGCCUCUCUGUCCGAGCCCCCAGGCCCACAUUCCAGGAGGAGCUGCGGAGCAUGGAGCAGGAGGUGGGCGGUGUGGCCCGGCUUUGCUGCCGGCUGAGCGAGGCAGAGACCGGUGUCCCAGUGCAGUGGCUCAAGGAGGGUGUGGAGCUGCACGGGAGCCCCAAAUACGAGAUAAGGUGCCUGGGGACCACACGUGAGCUGCUGAUCCACGGCCUGGAGGCCAAGGACACGGGCGAGUAUGUCUGCAUGGCUGGUGGUCAGAAAACCGUGGCCUCUGUCAUGGUCAAAGAGCCGGAGGUGACCAUUGUGCGGGGGCUGGUGGAUGCUGAGGCGCAGGUCGACAGGGACGUGGAGUUCACUUGUGAGGUGUCACGGGACGGGGUCGCGGAUGUGGAGUGGCGCCUCCAGGGCCUGCCCCUGCAGAGCAAUGAGGUGACGGAGGUGUCCGUGCGGGGUGGCCGCACCCACACGCUCCGGCUGAAGGGCGUGACACCCGAGGAUGCAGGCACCGUCUCCUUCCACGUGGGCAUCCACACGUCCUCUGCACAGCUCACUGUCCAAGUCCCUGAGGUGACCAUUGUGGAGCCCCUGCAGGACCUGCAGCUCAGCGAGGGCCAGGACGCCCAUUUCUGGUGCCAGCUGUCCAGGGCCUCUGGCCAGGGCGCCCGCUGGACCCUGGGAGGGGUGCCCCUGCAGGCCAAUGAGAUGAAUGACAUCACUGUGGAGCAUGGCACGCUCCACCUCCUCACCCUGCGCAAGGUGACCCUGGAGGAUGCUGGAACCAUCAGUUUCCAAGUGGGCUCAUGCAGCUCGGAGGCCCAGUUAAAGGUCACAGCCAAGAACAGCGUGGUGCGCGGCUUGGAGAACGUGGACGCCGUGGAAGGCGGCGAGGCGCUGUUUGAGUGCUGGCUGUCGCACCCCGAGGUGGCCGACCACACCUGGCUGCGGGACGACGAGCCCGUGCACACCUCCGAGAACGCGGAGGUGGUGUACUUGGAGAAUGGCCUGCGGCACCUGCUUCUACUUAAGAACCUGCGGCUGCAGGACACCUGCCGGGUGACCUUCCUGGCGGGGGGUGUGGUGACAUCCGCGUUCCUCACAGUCAGAGGCUGGCGCCUGGACGUGCUGGAGCCACCGCAGGACGCCACGGUGCGAGCCGGUGGGCGGGCCAGCUUUGGCUGCACGCUCAGCGAGGCGGUGCCGGUAGGCGAGGCAACCUGGUACAUCAAUGGGGCCGCUGUGCAGCCGGACGACCCCGACUGGAUGGUCACCGCGGAUGGCAGCCACCACACCUUGCUGCUGCGCGCUGCCCAGCCGCACCACGCUGGCGAGGUCACCUUCGCCGCCCGCGAUGCCGUGGCCUCCGCGCAGCUCACCGUGUUGGGCCUCCCGGACCCCCCAGAGGAUGCUGAGGUGGUGGCACGAAGCGGCCGCUCCGUGACACUGUCCUGGGUGGCCCCUGCAAGUGACGGCGGUGGCGGUCUCUGCGGCUAUCGGGUGGAGUUGAAGGCGGCCGCCACGGGUGAGUGGCGGCUGUGCCACGAACUGGUGCCUGGGCCCGAGUGCGUGGUGGACGGCCUGGCCCCCGGAGAGACGUACCGCUUCCGCGUGGCGGCUGUAGGCCCAGCGGGGGCCGGGGAGCCGGUGCACCUGCCGCAGACAGUGAGGCUCGCUCCCGCGCCCCCGGCUCCCACCCCUCCCCCUCCUGCUCCCGCGACCCCCGCUCCCGCGACCCCAGCUCCCGAGAGCCGGCAGGUGGCUGCCGGUGAGGACGUGUGUCUGGAGUGCGAGGUGGCCGAGGCGGGCGAGGUCGUCUGGCUGAAGGGCACGGAGCUCAUCCAACCGAGCGGGCGCUUCCAGGUUCUCUGCCGGGCUGAGCGGCAGACGCUGGUCAUCCGGGGCUUCUCCGAGGAGGACCAGGGCGAGUACCACUGCCGCCACGCCCAGGACCCCAUCUCCUCUGCAGCUGCCUCCUUCCAGGUGGUGCUGACCCCAGGAUCUGGGGAUGAGGCCCCUGCGCAGCCCAGCCUCCCCCCUGAGGCAGCCCAGGAGGGUGACCUGCACCUGCUGUGGGAGGCCCUGGCCCGGAAGCGCCGCAUGAGCCGUGAGCCCACGCUGGACUCCAUCAGUGAGCUCCCCGAGGAGGACGGUCGCUCGCAGCACCUGCAGCAUGAGCCAGAGGAAGCAGCCCGUGACCUCUCUGAGGACUACUCCACAGCUGAUGAGCUGGCACGUUCCGGCGAGGCUGACCUCUCACACACCAGCUCUGAUGACGAGUCCCGGGCAGGCACUCCUUCCCUGGUUACCUACCUCAAGAAGGCUGGGCGGCCCAGCACCUCACCACUGGUCAGCAAGGUUGGGGUUCCCACAGUCCCACCUGGGAAGCCACAGAAGCAUCAGGAGCAGCCAGCUGCUGUUUGCCCACCACCGGGAGAUUUGAGUGACCCGUCCAUGGACAAGGCAGCCGUGAAGAUCCAGGCUGCCUUCAAGGGCUACAAGGUCCGCAAGGAGAUGAAGCAGCAGGAGGGACCUGUGUUCUCCCGCACGUUUGGGGAUACAGAGGCACAGGUGGGGGAUGUCCUGCGUCUGGAGUGUGUGGUGUCCAGCAAGGUGGAUGUGCGUGCUCGCUGGCUGAAGGAUGGCGUGGAGCUGACAGAUGGCCGGCACCACCACAUUGACCAGCUCGCAGAUGGCACCUGCUCCCUGCUGGUCACGGGCCUGGGCCGGGCCGACGCCGGCCACUACACCUGUCAGGUGAGCAGCAAGUUUGGCCACGUGGCCCACAGCGCUUGUGUGGUGGUCAGCGGGACCGAAAGCGAGGCAGAGAGCUCCUCGGGGGGAGAGCUGGACGACGGCUUUCGCCGGGCGGCCCGGAGGCUGCACCGCCUCUUCUGCACCAAGAGCCCGGCUGAGGUUUCAGAGGAAGAGAUCUUCCUCAGUGCAGAUGAGGGCUCAGCACAGCCCGAGGAUCCUGGGGACUGGCAGACGUACCACGAAGAUGAGCACUUCGUCUACAUCCGCUUCGAGUCACUUGCCGAGUCCCACCGUGCGGCCACCUGCUUCCGGGAGAUGUUUGGCACCAUGGGCAUCGGGGUGGACAUCAGCCUGUUGGAGCAGGGGCCCCGGGGGGUGGAGAUGCGCAUUAGCAAGAUGGGUCCCGCCCCUGCCACGCCUCAGGAGAUGGUGCCCCGCCCACAGACUGCAGAGGCUGCCCCCGUGUUCCUGACUGGGCUGCAGGAUCAGGAGGUGCUGGACGGCUACCCCGUGAGCUUCGACUGCGUGGUGACAGGCCAGCCCGUGCCCACCGUGUGCUGGUUCAAGGAUGGAAGGAUGCUGGAGGAGGAUGACCACUACAUGAUCAGUGAGGACCAGCAGGGCGGCCACCAGCUCAUCAUCACAGCCGUGGUGCCGGCAGACAUGGGCGUCUACCGCUGCAUGGCUGAGAACAGUGUCGGCGUGUCCUCUACGAAGGCAGAGCUCCGUGUAGACCUGACCAGCACAGACUACGAAACUGCAGCUGAUGCCACGGAGACCUCCUCCUACUUCAGCGCCCAGGGCUACCUGUCCAGCCGGGAGCAAGAGGGCAUGGAAUCUACCUCAGAGGAGGGUCAGCUGCCCCAGGUGGUGGAGGAGCUGAAGGACCUCCAGGUGGCCCCCGGCACACGGCUGGCCAAAUUCCAGCUCAAGGUGAAAGGCUACCCUACACCCCGACUGUACUGGUUCAAAGACGGGCAGCCUCUGACGGCUUCUGAGCACAUCCGCAUGGUUGACAGGAAGACACUUCACACCCUGGAGGUCUUGUCAGUCACCAGUGAGGACGCUGGCCAGUACUCAGCCUACAUCAGCAACACCACGGGCGCCGCCUACUCGUCCGCUAGGCUGCUGGUCCGGGGCCCCAAAGAUCCUGAAGAGAAGCCAGCCCCAGAUGCACACCAACAGCUGGUGCCACCCCGAUUCCUGGAAAGAUUCGCUUCCAAGAAGGUGAACAAAGGCUCCAGCAUCACCUUCUCAGUGAAGGUGGAAGGCUGCCCGGCCCCAGCUGUGCACUGGCUGCAGGAGGAGGCCGAGCGGGGUGUGCUGUGGAUCGGUCCUGACACACCGGGCUACACGGUGGCCAGGUCUGCCCAGCGACACAGUCUGGUCCUGCUGGACGUGGGCCGGCAGCAUCAGGGCACCUACAUCUGCAUCGCCACCAGCGCGGCCGGCCAGGCCCUCUGCUCCGCCAGCCUGCACGUCUCUGGCUUGCCCGAGGAGGUGGGGGCGGCGGACGAGCGUGCUGGGGGGAAGGAGGUCCUCAUCUCCAGCUUCCUGCAGGGGACACCGCUCCCCUUUAGGACCCAAGCUGUGUCCGCGCAGAUGUCGGAGCCUGUGGGGUUCGCUGAUCUUGCCGGGCAGAGGAAAGCAGAGCCCACGGUGGUGGAGGCCCGUGGCCACCUGUCGCUGGCCGAGGUGGGCACAGAGGAGUUCCUGCAGAAGCUCACGUCCCAGAUCACCGAGAUCGUGUCGGCCAAGAUCACACAGGCCAAGCUGCAGGUGCCUGGAGGUGACAGCGAUGAGGAAUCCAAGACGCCCUCCGCAUCCCCCUGGCACGGCCGUUCCCGUCCCUCCUCCAGCGUCCAGGAGUCGUCCUCGGAGUCGGAGGAUGGGGACUCCCGAGGCGAGAUCUUCGAUAUCUACGUGGUCACUGCUGACUACCUGCCCCUGGGGGCCGAACAGGACGCCAUCUUGCUGCGGGAGGGCCAGUACGUGGAGGUGUUGGACUCGGCCCACCCACUGCGCUGGCUUGUGCGCACCAAGCCCACCAAGUCCAGCCCCUCGAGGCAAGGCUGGGUGUCCCCUGCCUACCUGGACAAGCGGCUCAAGCUGUCACCCGAGUGGGGGCCCACGGAGGCCCCCGAGUUCCCGGGGGAGGCCGUGUCUGAGGAUGAAUACAAGACAAGGCUGAGCUCCAUCAUCCAGGAGCUGCUGAGCUCCGAGCAGGCCUUUGUGGGCAAGCUGCAGUUCCUGCAGGACCACCACAUUCAGCACCUGGAGCGAUGCCCCCACGUGCCCACGGCCGUGGCCAGCCAGAAGGCAGUCAUCUUCCGCAACGUGCAGGACAUCAGUCAUUUCCACAGCAGCUUCCAGCGGGAGCUGCAGAACUGUGACACAGAUGACGAUGUGGCCAUGUGCUUCAUCAAGAACCAGGAGGACUUUGAGAAGUACCUGGAGUUUCUGGUGGGCCGCGUGCAGGCCGAGUCCGCGGUGGUCAGCACGGCUGUGCAGGACUUCUACAAGAAAUACACGGAGGAGGUGCUGUCCGCAGCGGACCCAUCGCAGCCGCCCCCACCACCCCUGCAGCACUUCCUGGAGCGGCCAGUGCAGCGCGUCCAGCAGUACCAGGCCCUGCUCAAGGAGCUGAUCCGCAACAAGGCGAGGAACGGGCAGAACUGUGCACUGCUGGAGCAGGCCUACGCGCUCGUGUCGGCCCUGCCGCAGCGCGCCGAGAACCAGCUGCACGUGUCACUCAUGGAGAACUACCCGGGCACCCUGGAGGCCCUGGGCGAGCCCAUCCGCCAGGGCCACUUCAUCGUGUGGGAGGGGGCGCCGGGCGCGCGGAUGCCCUGGAAGGGCCACCACCGCCACGUCUUCCUGUUCCACCACCACCUGGUUGUCUGCAAGACCAGAAGGGAUUCCCGCACCGACACCUUCAGUUACGUCUUCCGGAACAUGAUGAAGCUGAGCAGCAUCGACCUGAACGACCAGGUGGAGGGUGACGACCGUGCCUUCGAGAUCUGGCACGAGCGGGAGGACUCGGUGCGCAAGUACCUGCUGCAGGCGCGCACGGUCAUCACCAAGAACUCAUGGGUGAAGGAGAUCUGCAGCAUCCAGCAGCGCCUGGCCCUGCCCGUGUGGCAUCCCCCAGAUUUCGAAGAGGAGCUGGCGGACUGCACAGCAGAGCUGGGCGAGACCGUGAAGCUGGCCUGCCGUGUGACGGGCACCCCCAAGCCCGUUGUCAGCUGGUACAAAGAUGGGAAGCUAGUGGAGGUGGAUCCGCACCACAUCCUCAUUGAAGACCCCGAUGGCUCGUGUGCCCUCAUCCUGGACAACCUGACUGGCGUGGACUCUGGCCAGUACAUGUGCUUUGCGGCCAGUGCCGCCGGCAAUGCCAGCACGUUGGGCAAGAUCCUGGUGCAAGUACCCCCACGAUUUGUGAAAAAGGUCCGGGCAGUUCCUUUUGUGGAGGGAGAGGAUGCGCAAGUCACCUGCACAAUUGAAGGUGCCCCACACCCUCAGAUCAGGUGGUACAAGGAUGGGGCCCUGAUAACGCCCAGCAGCAAGUACCGAACCCUGAGUGAGCCCCGCAGUGGUCUGAUGGUGCUGGAGAUCCUGACAGCCAGCAAGGAUGACCUGGGCCAUUAUGAGUGCGAGUUGGUGAACCGGCUGGGCUCUGCGAGGGGCGGGACAGAGCUGUGCAUGCAGAGCCCUGCUGUACGGGCCCGGGAACAGCUUCACAGGGAGCAGCUUGCAGCCAUGGAAGUCACUGAGCAGGAGACUAAAGUCCCCAAGAAAACCGUCAUCAUAGAGGAGACCAUCACCACCGUGGUGAAGAGCCCUCGUGGCCGGCGCCGGUCCCCCAACAAGUCCCCCUCCCGCUCGCCUUCCCGCCGCACUGCCAGCCCGCCCAGGCCAGGCCAGUUGGCCUCCGAGCUGCUGUACUCACCAGGGGCCAGCCAGCCCUGCAGGCCUGAGGUGGAGCCAGGCUGGAGACCUACUGUACCCACACUGUAUGUGACGGAGCCUGAGUCCCACACGCUGGGCCUGCCCCAGGGCACGAGGCCCCAGCCCAAGUGGGUAGAGGUCGAGGAGACCAUUGAAGUCAGGGUGAAGAAGACAGGCUCCAGGGGUGCAUCCCCUGCCAGAGAGGCUCCUGACAGCUCUGCAGGGCUUCUCUUCAUGCUGCCUGGUGGGACCCCCAUAGGAGAUCCCAAUGCAAACAACUCCAACAACAACCUACUGGCCCAGGAGCCGCAGGCGCAGGGCAGGGCACUGGUCAGCACUGGAGAGCCUCUCAUCUUCUGCACGGACACAGGGCCAGAGGAGACCUGUGAGCCGUUCCCUCCCCAGGCGGCUGAAGAGGAAACCCCCGUGGAGGAGGUGGAGGGAGGAGGUGCCCUCCUGACGGAGGAGCCCCUGGGCACCAACAGCCUUUGGGGCCGUGACCCCAAGAUCCUCACACAUGAUGGCCGAGUGCUGACGCUGGCUGACCUGGAGGAUUACGUGCCCCGGGAGGGGGAGACCUUCGGCUGCCAUGGCCCUGUGCCCAGCACUUCUGAUGACCCACCCUGCGAGGUCUCUGUGCUCCAGAGAGAGAUCAGUGAGCCCACGGUGGGGCAGCCUGUCCUGCUCAAUGUGGGGCGUCCCCUGGGCCCUCGAAACCCACCUAGCUUUUUCAGUCGCCGGGAGGCGUCUCCUUUGGGACCUCAGGUCCUCGGCCCCGCAGGAGUCUCCUUCUGUAUGCAGGAAGCCCGGGCUGGGGGCGCUGCGUCCUGGAAGCCAUCCUUCUGCAUCCAGGUCCAGAGGUCUGCAGACAGCGGCCAGAGCAGCUUCAAAACGGAAGUUAACACCCAGACGGUCAGCUUUGGGAUGGUGGGCGAGACCGUCACCCUGCACAUCUGCCCGGAUGGGGACAAGGCCCCUGAUGCUGCUGUCCGUCCCGCAGUUGCCCUGGAGCCAGCAGGCCAGGAGGUCACGGUGUGCACCAAGGCUCCAGGACCCUCCAUGUGGGACCAUGCUGGCCCCAGCCCUGGCCCUGGGGGGCCACCCGAACUCCAGGACGCUGGCCCCCAACUCCCAGGCAUGGAGGUUGCAGAUGCAUCUGUCGAGCCCCAGAAAGUGCCACAGCCUCUCCCCCAGGAGGGCCAGGAGCAGGACUCAGGGGCCCAUGCUGAGGGCCAGCGACGCAUCGUGCCCAUCCGAAUUGUAGGAGACAGCAGACGGCUCAUCCAGUUCCAUGACCACAGGAUGGAGGGCACAGCCCGGCCGGGGGCAGGCACAGUGGAGCUAUGGGACGUCCACAGCCAAGUGUUCAUGGAGACCACCCAUAGGACAUACGUGUGCCAGGCCAGCGACACAGCUGCCAGAAGGCCCCCGUCCAUGCAGGUCACCAUCGAAGAUGUGCAGGCACAGAGGGGAAGCACAGCCCAGUUCCAGGCGGUCAUUGAGGGCAACCCGCAGCCCAUGGUGACCUGGUACCGGGACGAUGCCCAGCUGGUGGAUGGCGCCCGGCUCAGCCAGCAGCAGGAGGGGACCACCUACUCCCUGGUGCUGAGGGAUGUGACCCAGCACGACGCUGGUGUCUACACAUGCCUGGCCCGCAACGCUGGCGGCCAGGUGCUGUGUAAAGCGGAGCUGGUAGUCCACGGGGGAGACAGCGAGCCGGACUCAGCGAAGCAAAGCUAUCGAAGGAAACUGCGCUCUUUCUACGAGGUCAAGGAGGAAAUUGGAAGGGGCGUGUUUGGCUUCGUGAAGAGGGUGCAGCACAAAGGAAACCAGAUGUCCUGCGCAGCCAAGUUCAUCCCCCUGCGGAGCAGGACGUGCACCCACGCGUACCGCGAGCGGGACAUCCUGGCCACGCUGAGCCACCCGCUGGUCACCCGGCUGCUGGACCAGUUUGAGACCCGGAAGACCCUGAUCCUUGUCCUGGAGCUGUGCUCAUCAGAGGACUUGCUGGACCGUCUGUUCAAGAAGAGUGUGGUGACAGAGGCUGAGGUCAAGGUGUAUGUCCAGCAGCUGGUGGAGGGGCUUCAUUACCUGCACAGCCACAGCAUUCUCCACCUGGACAUAAAGCCCCCCAACAUCCUGAUGGUGCAUCCUGCUCUGGAAGACAUUAAAAUCUGCGACUUCGGCUUUGCCCAAAAAAUCACCCCAGGAGAGCCACAGUAUAGCGAGUAUGGCUCCCCGGAGUUUGUGUCCCCGGAGAUCAUCGAGCAGACCCCUGUGAGCGAGGCCUCCGAUGUCUGGGCCAUGGGGGUCAUCUCCUACCUCAGCCUGACCUGCUCGUCACCAUUCGCUGGUGAGAGUGACCGAGCCACGCUCCUGAACGUACUGGAGGGGCGGGUGUCCUGGAGCAGCCCUGCGGCUGCCCACCUCAGUAAGGAUGCCCAGGACUUCAUCACGGCUGCCCUGCAGAGGGCCCCAGAUGCCCGGCCCAGUGCAGCCGAGUGCCUCGCCCACCCCUGGUUCCAGAAGUCCGUGCCUGCAGAGGAGGCCCACUUCAUCAACACCAAGCAACUCAAGUUCCUGCUGGCUCACAGCCGUUGGCAGCGCUCCCUGAUGAGCUACAAGUCCAUCCUGGUGAUGCGCUCCAUCCCCGAGCUGCUCCAGGGCCCGCCCGACAGCCCAUCCCUCGGGGUGGCUCGGCACCUGCGCAGCGACGCCAGCAGCUCGUCGUCCUCGUCCUCCGACAACGAGCGGGCGCCUCUCGCCCGGGCCAAAUCGCUGCCGCCCUCCCCAGUGGCCCACUCCCCGCUGCUGCACCCUCGGGGCUUCCUGCGGCCAUCCGCCAGCCUGCCGGAAGAGACCGCGCCUCCGCCCACGCCGGCCCCCCGCUCGGAGGCGCCCGCCACCCGGGGCUGCGUUCCGCGGCAGAGCGUCCUCCGCAGUCUCUUGUACCAGCAGGCGGGCGAGGGCCCGGAGCGCGGAGGCCCCGCCGCGGGCGGCCGGCGGCACCUGCUCACGGGCGGCUACUUCGCCCGCGCCCUGCCCGGCCUGCGAGAGCCGCUGCUGGAGCACCGCGCGCGGGAGGAGGAGGCCGCGCUGACGGCCAGAGCGCCCUGCUUGGAGGCCGCCCUGCGGCUGCUGGGCUGCAGCGCCCGCGGGGCCCCCGGCCGCGGCCGCUCCCUGGAGCUCGGCCGGCCGCCCCCCGCCAGCUCGGCGCCUGAGGCCGGUGGCGGAGCGCAGUGCCCUGGCCCGGCCCGCUCGGACCUCCAGGCGGACUCAGGGGAGAGCUGGCUGGGAGGGCUCUCCCAUGCCAGGGACACGGAGCGUCCGGAAGGAUCCCGGCAGGAGCCGGGACUAUUUCCGUGCACCGGUGGCGACCCGGGGUCCGCUCGGCAAGAGGGGUCAUCGCAGGACAGCCGCGGGGGGCAGGCCGCGCCUUCCUUUCAUCCUCAGAGGAGUCCUGCUCCCCCGGAAGGCUGCGGCCCCCCUCAGGCUGUUACAACACAACCUUCUGGCUCCUUCCCUGCAAAGCAGUGCACGGGGUCCCUCCUGGCACCCUUGAGCUCCUUUGUCUCUCCGGCCGAAGGAAGCCCCCAGCCAGGCUCUAAGAAGGGACCAAAGGACACCCCUCUCCCUGGGAGGCCGAGUCCCCCCAGCUCCCCAAGGCUGGCCUCCCCAGUGGGCGCGGAGCCUGGCCCCUCCCAGGCUGCGGAGCGGGAAGACGCAUCAGAGUCUGAGCCCAGCCCGCAGCGCCCUCAGGAGCAGGCCACCAGGCGCAAGUUCUCACUGGGGGCGCGCUGUGGGGGCUUCGCAGGAGUGGUGGGCUACGGCACCUUUGCCUUUGGCGGGGACGCAGGGGGCAUGCUGGGGCAGGGUCCCCUGUGGGCCAGGUUGGCUUGGGCCACCUCUCAGUCCUCCGAGGAGCAUGAUGAUGCAGGAGCCCAGAGCCCACCCCCCCAGGCUAGCGCAGAACCCCUUCCCGAGGGCAGUGGGGCACCCCCACGGGCCUCCCCAGAGCUGAGCUCGUGGGAGGACUUUGGUGGGGGCUCCCAGGUGUCCCUGGUGCAGAUCCGAGACCUGUCUGGGGACGCAGAAGCAGCCGACACCGUGUCCCUGGACAUCUCAGAGGUGGAGCCUGCCUACCUCAACUUGUCUGACCUGUAUGACAUCAAGUAUCUCCCGUUCGAGUUCAUGAUUUUCAGGAAGGUCCCCAGGCCUGUGCCACCAGAGCCACCGUCGUCCCCCGAGUCUGAGGCCGAGGGGCCCUGGCCGGGUGCGCCGGGCCCGCCAGCCAGCUUGCAGAUCACCGAGGAGCCAGAGGACAUGGACACUCUGCUAAGGGAGGCUCCCUGCAGCAGGAAGCGCAAGUGGUCGCCCCCCUCCAGCGGCCUCUUCCACUUCCCAGGAAGGCACGCCCUACUGGAGGAGCCCGUGGAGCUGGGACUGCGCCGGAGGGUGAGGGCCUCGGUGGCCCACAUCUCCCGCCUCCUCAGGGGCAGGCCUGGAGGUCUGGAGAAAGAGAGCCCCCCCAGGAAGAAGGCAGGCCUGGCUUCCUUCCGAUUGGGCCUGAAGAGCAGGGACCAAGCGCCAUCAUUUCUAAGGGAGCUCUCAGAUGAAACGGUGGUCCUGGGCCAGUCCGUGACUCUUGCCUGCCAGGUGUUGGCCCAGCCAGCUGCACAGGCCACCUGGACCAAAGACGGGGCUCCCCUGGAGGGCAGCAGCCGCCUCCUCAUCUCCUCCACGCUCAAGAACUUCCAGCUUCUGACCAUCCUGGUGACGACUGCUGAGGACCUGGGGGUGUACACGUGCAGCGUGAGCAACCCUCUGGGGAUGGUGGCCACCACAGCUGUCCUCCGGAAGGCAGAGCGCCCCUGCUCUUCCCCACGCCCCGCCAUUGGGGAGGUGUAUGCUGACGGGGUGCUGCUGGUCUGGAAGCCCGUGGAGUCCUAUGGCCCUGUGACGUACAUUGUGCAAAGCAGCCUGGAAGGUGGUAGCUGGAGCACGCUGGCUUCCGACAUCUUUGACUGCUGCUACCUCACCAGCAAGCUUUCCAGGGGCGGGCUGUACACUUUCCGGACGGCCUGUGUCAGCAAGGCGGGCAUGGGUCCCUACAGCAGCCCCUCAGAGGAGGUCCUCCUGGGAGGGCCCAGCCACCUGGCCUCCGAGGAAGAAAGCCGCACCCCGCGGCCAGCCCAGCCCCUCCCCAGCGCGCAGACCUUCGCCUUCCAGGCGCAGAUUCGAAGGGGCCGCUUCAGCGUGGUGCGGCAGUGCCGGGAGAAGGCUAGCGGACGCGCGUUGGCCGCGAAGAUCGUCCCCUACCGCCCCGAGGACAAGGCUGCCGUGCUGCGCGAAUACGAAGCCCUCAAGAGCCUGCGCCACCCGCACCUGGCCCAGCUACAGGCCGCCUACCUCAGCCCCCGGCACCUGGUCCUCAUCUUGGAGCUGUGCUCGGGACCCGAGCUGCUCCCCUGCCUGGCGGACAGGGCUUCCUACUCGGAGUCGGAGGUGAAGGACUACCUGUGGCAGAUGUUGAGCGCCGCCCAGUACCUGCACACCCAAGGCAUUCUGCAUCUGGACCUCAGGUCCGAGAACAUGAUCGUCACGGAGUACAACUUACUCAAGGUCGUCGACCUGGGCAACGCCCAGAGCCUCGCCCAGGAGAGGGUCCUGCCCUCCGAGAGGUUCAAGGACUACGUGGAGACCAUGGCUCCCGAGCUCCUGGAGGGCCAGGGUGCCGUCCCGCAGACCGACAUCUGGGCCAUAGGCGUGACAGCUUUCAUCAUGCUGAGCGCGGAGUACCCCGUAAGCAGUGAAGGGACACGCGAGCUGCUGAAAAGCCUGCGCAAGGGGCUAGUCCGUUUGAGUCACUGCUACGCGGGGCUGUCCGGCGGCGCCGUGGCUUUUCUUCGGAGCACUUUGUGCGCUCACCCAUGGGGCCGGCCGUGCGCGUCCAGCUGCUUGCAGUGCCCGUGGCUAACGGAGGAGGGCCCUGCUGGCUCCCAGCCCGCGGCCGUGACCUUCCCCACAGCGCGACUGCGCGCCUUCGUGCGCGAGCGAGAGAAGAGGCGGGCGCUGCUGUACAAGAAACAUAACUUGGCCCAGGUGCGCUGAGCACUUGGCCUGGAAGAGAGGAUGUGGGGGGGGGGGCGGGGAGUGGUCGACCUGCUGGGCUUCCCCCCUAUUCUCCCCCUAGGACUUACUGUAUAUGCACACACACGCCAACAAAAAGCAGAAACGGACGAGG